AUGGUAACCAACAAGGAAUCUGCCGAAACUGCCUUGUCGGGCUCACAACAGGAGAAGGAUUCCUUGAAGGUCGAAGACGAAGCUUUAGAGGCCUUUACCAAAGACCGCAAACUUCUGAACGUUCCGUCCCGAUCCUCUUCGCACAAGAUACAGUCAUCGCCAACAUCUACCGGGCUGAGCGGUGCUACGGCAAGCGAUUCGAGAAACAGCAUAGGGGGCAGAUCGAAGGAAUCGAGCGGUAGCAUUUUGAGGCGGGGGCGGAAUGGGAGUGCAACAAGUAGCAGCAAAAUGUCGAUAACACCACAAGGAGCAUCGGCCCUCCCGGGCGUGACCACGGAGAUCACGUCAUCUAAACCUGCAAGCUCUCGCCAGCUUAAGAAGAAGAAGGGCUGUCUCUCGUUUCUCUGCUGUGGGGUUCAGGGUCACGCCAAUGGGCCAGAUGCAAACGAUGCAGCGGUCCUAGCAAACAAGGUCACAAAGGUGCCAUCAAGACGUACGACAACAGCCAGCAGGCCCGAACAGGUUACACCGGCGCCGUCAAACAACAACCCGAACAACUCCCAAAUCGAGAAAGAUGCUCUUCGCCAGGAUGCUCAGAAGGAGACCGAUCUCGAGAAAGAACACGAGAAAGAGCGUAACAAAGCUACCACCUCAAACCCCGGCUUAAACUCUCCCACGGGAGAUGAUAUGCCUCAAGGGGCAAACAGCGAUGGAAAUCAAACAGAUGUGAUUGCACGUGAUGCACCGUCGGCCGAACUGUUAAAGAGGUCGGAGUCAAUCAGCGCUGGCCAGUCGGUAGUGCCAAUUCCAGCUGUGGAGGUCCAAGGUCCAUCCAGGUCUGAGUCCAAAGGCUCACGUACUCCAGAACCUGCCCAAGAACAAACAGAUGAAGAAGGCGACAUUAAGAUGAGCGACCCUGAGCCGAUACCAGCGGAUAGAGAGGAAAUACCUAUCCCAGAUAUCAAAACAGACGAGACAGCCACCAAGAUAGCCCUGCCCCUUCCACCGCCAGCUCCGCAACCUCAAACCGUGCCAACCGACAACCCGUCUGGUGCCGAGUCGAUAGAGGAGAAAUCGCAAUGGCUACUUCCACCGAUCACUCCAAGAUUUCAGGGAAAGAAGUGUCUGGUGUUGGAUCUCGACGAGACCUUGGUCCACAGUAGCUUUAAGAUCCUACAUCAAGCGGACUUUACCAUUCCCGUCGAGAUCGAGGGCCAGUAUCAUAAUGUAUAUGUGAUCAAGCGGCCUGGUGUUGAUCAAUUUAUGAAGCGAGUUGGCGAGCUAUACGAGGUGGUAGUCUUCACAGCUUCUGUUUCCAAGUACGGUGAUCCUCUACUUGACCAAUUAGAUAUCCACAAAGUUGUUCACCAUCGCCUCUUCCGAGAAAGUUGUUACAAUCACCAAGGGAACUAUGUGAAGGAUCUAUCUCAGGUCGGCCGAGAUCUCCGGGAGACUAUCAUCAUCGACAACUCCCCCACCUCGUACAUCUUCCACCCCCAGCACGCUGUCCCAAUCAGCAGCUGGUUCUCCGAUGCCCACGACAACGAGCUCCUCGAUCUGAUUCCCGUCCUCGAAGAUCUAGCAGGGUCGCAGGUACGGGAUGUCAGCCUUGUCCUCGAUGUCGCCCUUUGA